GUGCGCCGCACAGCUCCUGUCGCCGUCGCGGCUUCCGGUGCUAGGUGGAGGAAAGGAAGGAGGGAGCUGGGGAGCGGGGCCAGGGGAGCAGCCUUGCCGAAAUCGGCUUGGGGGAGUCGGAGGGAGCGGAACCAGUGCCGAGCGGAACCUGCGGGGGCGGAGGCGGCGGCUGCGGCGGCGGAGCUGGGAGCAGGAACUGGAUUGAGUUCUCCAUACCAGGGCCCAGGCCAAAACCAGACUGCCACUGCCCCCACUUGAGCCCUCCUGUCCUCAGAAAGUGGUUGCUGUGAUCAUGGGUAAUAUCUUUGGAAACCUUCUGAAGAGCCUGAUUGGGAAGAAGGAGAUGCGUAUCCUGAUGGUGGGCCUGGAUGCUGCAGGAAAGACCACCAUCCUGUAUAAGUUGAAACUGGGGGAGAUCGUCACCACCAUCCCCACCAUUGGGUUCAACGUGGAAACAGUGGAGUACAAGAAUAUCAGCUUCACAGUUUGGGACGUGGGUGGCCAGGACAAGAUUCGACCUCUCUGGAGACACUACUUCCAAAACACCCAGGGGUUGAUAUUUGUGGUCGACAGCAAUGAUAGGGAGCGAGUAAAUGAGGCCCGAGAGGAGCUGAUGAGGAUGCUGGCAGAGGAUGAGCUCCGGGAUGCAGUGCUCCUUGUCUUUGCAAACAAACAGGAUUUGCCUAAUGCUAUGAACGCUGCUGAGAUCACAGACAAGUUGGGCCUGCAUUCUCUGCGUCACCGCAACUGGUACAUUCAGGCCACCUGUGCCACCAGCGGGGACGGGCUGUACGAAGGCCUGGACUGGCUGGCCAAUCAGCUCAAAAACAAGAAGUGAGAGCCAGGCAGCCCUAUCCGACCGCCCCACCUAUCCUUGACACACCUACUGUCUCCCUGCCCCAGCUCUGCCCCUUCCUUCCCGUUGCCAGUGUGGCCAGGGCCCUGGGUAUCAUGUCCGCAUGCCCAACAAGAGCCUUGCCUCCCCUGCCUCCCCUCCUCUCCCCUGUCCAUGACCAGUCCCCGUUGCUGUCCUGAUGAUGAAUCAUUCCAAUUUAUCGGAUUUAAAACAAAAACAAGGUUGUUAUGGUUUCA